AUGUGCAGAUGGACGCCGUCCGUAGCUCACCUCUGUCCUGAACCUGCCCUUGGCACCACCGCCGGGCGACCUCUCUCCUCACCCAGCGCAGCCUCCCUCUGCCUGGCAUGCUUCACCUUGCUGCUGGUCACCGCCGGCACCGCCACGGGGGCCUGUCCUCCCGGGGUUGGACAUGAGCCCCUGCAGGUGCUGGCGAGUGGCGUCAACUGCUCGUGGACGUUGGAGAGGCACGCUCGCAGUUACAAUCACCUGGAGGGCGACGUCCGACUACGGCGACUUUACUCCGCCAACAAGUUCUUCCUCUGCGUCGACAAAACGGGCAAGGUGGACGGCACGCGGCGGAAAAACUACGCAGACAGCCUGAUGGAAAUCCGAUCCGUCAGUGUGGGAGUUGUUGCCAUCAAAUCUGUCAGCACCGGGCUGUACUUAGCCAUGUCCAAGAAAGGCACGCUCUUUGGAUCGGUGAAGUACAACCCGAGCUGCAAGUUCAAGGAGCGCAUCGAGGAGAACGGCUACAACACGUACGCCUCCCUCCGCUGGAAGCACAGCGGCAGGCAGAUGUUCGUGUCGCUGAACGGCCGGGGGAAGCCACGGCGGGGCCACAAGGCUCGACGGAGACACCCGUCCACUCACUUCCUGCCCAUGCUCCCCUCCUAG